AUGUCAGCUUCGACCCCAGCCCUCUUUAGCCCCAUCCAAGUGGGACGCGUGAACCUCCAGCAUCGCAUCGCCCUCUGCCCGCUGACCCGAUAUCGAGCGACGAAAGCACAUACGCCGAUCGUCCCUGUCGUUCGCGAAUAUUACAGACAACGGGGCAGCGCAGGAGGUACACUUCUUAUCACUGAGGGAACCUUCAUAUCGCCAGAAGCGGGAGGGUACGAUAAUGUCCCAGGCAUCUGGUCCGACGAGCAGAUUGAAGCAUGGAAGCAGAUCACAGACGCUGUUCACGCCCAAGGAUCGUAUAUCUAUCUUCAACUGUGGGCGCUUGGUCGAGCGGGCAACCCAGAUAUCUUGGCGGCGGAAGGCCUUCCAUACGUCUCUGCAUCUGACAUCCCACUGAAAUCGGUUGUUCCUCGCCCUCUGAGCGUUCCGGAGAUCAAGUCGUACGUAGAAAAGUUUACCAAAGCCGCUUCAAACGCCGUCAACAGGGCUGGCUUCGACGGCGUUGAAGUCCAUGGUGCAAACGGCUACUUAGUUGACCAGUUCCUUCAAGAUGUUACGAACAAGCGAACCGACGAAUACGGCGGAGGGGUGGAGGGGAGGACGAGAUUUGCCUUGGAGAUAUUGGAGGCCGUUACGAAGGAAGUGGGUCCGGAUAGGACUGCGAUAAGGAUCAGCCCGUGGGGCAAAUUCCAGAACAUGCGCAUGGAAGACCCCAAGCCUACAUUCUCGCAUCUGGUCACCCAAAUUCGCCAACGCUUUCCGGGUUUGGCAUACAUCCACGCCGUCGAGCCUCGGAUAGCCGAUGGCACUGUGAAGGCAGAAUCAGAGGUUCCCGAGUAUGAGGAGAACGACUUUCUUCGGAAGAUAUGGGCACCUCGACCAUUCAUUAGUGCAGGAGGCUACACCAGGGAGCUCGCCUUGAAGGUGGCAGAAGAGAAGGGGGACAUCAUUGCUUCAGGGAAACUAUUCCUUUCUAAUCCUGACUUGGUACAACGCUGGAAGAAGAACUUGACACAAAACGCGUGGGAUACGUCUACAUUUUAUAUUCCUGGUGAUGCCAGUGGUAAAGGAUAUAUUGACUACCCGUUUGCUGGGAGCGAGUAA